GAGGCCAGCAUCAGCGCACAGUUCGAAAUCAGAAGAUUGGGACCCUGGAGAAUACAUCCUACCAUCACACUCUGCUCAUACUGCCUAUGGGCCACCGCUUCACUUGCAACAUGACAAGACCGGGAAGACCAGUUCCCUUGAGGCCUAUUAUCGGAAGACCGUACAAUAAUGGGUUCGUGGGGUCUGCUAGGUCCUGCUUGCUUCCCCGGCAAGGUGUUAACACGACCGAUGAAAUCGCGCAGACCCGGCGGUCCUACGAUUCAGGAAAAGGUUUUCAGAUCGGCGUGGGACACAACGCCGAUCAAAGGCAAGAUGCUUGAUGAUGAUGGCAAAGUUGUUGGUGAUCAUGUGACAGAGCAAGCCCGGGUGACUGUCCGGGUGAACGGUUUGUCCCCGAUAGUCCCAGACGGCAGAGCAUACAUCACCACCCUUGGGCUGGAUUCGCACUUAGCAAGUCUACCUGUCUCUGAGUCUUCCGCCCUCACAAAUAUGCUGAGCCGGCCGAGCAUCUACGAGUCGUGCGAUCCUUUACCCAAUGCGCGCGGCACCUUUGCACUGCGAGAGUUGAAUCAUCCUGUCAAGCUCACUGGCCCUCUGGAUAUUGAUGAUAUCCCCUGCAAACUCUGGUCGAUGGAUAGUCAUGGACAGGAUGACUUUGUUCGUGGACGAUUCAAUGUAAGUCUCAGUGAGGCUGGCACCGUCGAGGCUGCAUUCCGGGCCGAGGAAGAAGGUGGGCAGCAAGAAGAACCAGCUUUGCACCCUGCAGCGCAUCCUCCGGCCGACGGUGAGGGAGCGAUCAUCUUUGAGGCUGACUAUCUGGGCUCCGCUGAGCCCGUUUCGCUCUCAUCGUUACUCGACAAUGAUAUGUCGAUCACUUCCAGGGGUCUCAAUCAUCCCUUCAGCAUCGACGCCACAGUCACUGCUCAAGACGACGGCUUCAAGCUGGUUAUUGCCAUCUGGGAGACUACACAUUUGGAUGGCGAAUGGUAUACUCGAGGCAACCCUCACGUCCAAGGUUCCCACACGAGACGAGGCAGAGCUCGUAUCGUUGUCCAAAGCACUCUCCCAUCAGAAUCAACGGUACCACUGGGUGACGUUCGUAUCGCCACUCGGGGUUUACAGUUCGAGGAUGAUGAAGUGUCACAGACAGAAGAUGAAGUGUCAGAUAGAGGAGACGUGCAUGACACUAUCCAGUACAGCUGGGAACAAGAGCCAGAUGGAAGCGGCAUACUCAUGCCAAAUCAGGGGUCUUCUUGUUCUCUUUCCAUGGACGGAACGGUCAGUUGGUACCACGGAAGGGGAAGGUCUGGACGAGAGCAGCUUAGUAUGACAGUGGCAGUACAGCCUAGCGAGCUUUACGUGCCAAAGUUCGCUAAGCCCUUUUUGCGGUAGUGG